CCGUCCUCCGGGCGGCGGCGCCGUGGACACGCCCACUCUCCCCGGUGACUUUCCCCGGGCCCGCGGUCGGCUGAGGCGGGACGAACCCGAGGCCGCGGCCUGCGCCGAGCAGGUAGCCCAGCAUUGGCUGUGUCGCAACAGAAAAACCAAGAAUCAGCUAAUUGUCCGUCCAUGAGGCUGGUUGUCCCUGCAGCCCCAAUCUGAGACGGGUCGGGGAGGUUGCUGGAGAACUGCUGGUUUUCAGUCUACGGUGGGACCCUGAAGAAGUCGAUUUAACACCAGCAGCCACAGGAUUUAUGGUCUGCAUUAUGUCUGGAGCCCGCACCGCGCCUGCCCUCCUCCUCCUCCUCCUCGGCUGUUCUGCGCUUGCGCUGGACGUCGGCCCGGGCUCCCCCGAGCACCGCGAGGCUGAGUACUACGUGGCCGCAGUGUACGAGCACCGCUCGGUCCUGAGCCCAAACCCCCUGGAGCUCAGCAGCCGCCAGCAGGCCCUGGAGCUCAUGGCGCAGAACCUCGACGUCUAUGAACAGCAAGUGAUGGCUGCAGCCCAGAAGGGUGUGCAGAUCAUCGUGUUCCCAGAAGAUGGCAUCCAUGGGUUCAACUUCACAAGAACAUCCAUUUACCCAUUCUUGGAUUUCAUGCCAUCUCCCAGGCUGGCCAGGUGGAACCCAUGUCUGGAGCCCUUUCGGUUCAACGACACGGAGGUCCUCCAGCGCCUGAGCUGUAUGGCCAUGAAGGGACAGAUGUUCUUGGUGGCCAAUCUCGGAACAAAACAGCCUUGCCUUAGCAGUGACCCCAAGUGCCCAGAUGAUGGCAGAUACCAGUUUAAUACAAACGUGGUGUUCAGCAGCAAUGGGACCCUUGUUGACCGCUACCGUAAGCACAACCUGUACUUUGAGGCAGCCUUUGACACCCCGGCUGACGUGGACCUCAUCACCUUUGACACCCCCUUUGCCGGCAAGUUUGGCGUGUUCACGUGCUUUGACAUCCUGUUCUUUGACCCCACCAUCCGUCUUCUCAGAGACUCUGAGGUGAAGCACAUUGUGUACCCCACGGCCUGGAUGAACCAGCUGCCACUCUUGGCAGCCAUUGAAAUUCAGAAAGCAUUGGCCACUGCCUUUGGUGUCAGCGUUCUGGCAGCCAACAUCCACCACCCGACUCUGGGGAUGACUGGCAGCGGCAUACACACCCCUCUGCAGUCCUUCUGGUACCACGACAUGGACAACCCCGAAGGCCGCCUUAUAAUUGCCCAGGUAGCCACAAACCCACAGGGCCUUACUGGGACAGAGAAUGCAACUAGUGAGACGGACCCAUCCCAUAGUAAGUUCUUAAGAAUCCUGUCGGCUGACCCACACUGCGCAAAGGAUGCCCAGGGAGUGCGCUGUGAUGAGGCUGCCAAGUGGACCGUGAGCGCACCCCCUGCUUUCCACUCGGAGAUGAUGUAUGACAACUUCACCUUGGUCCCCGUCUGGGGGAAGGAAGGCCAUCUCCAGGUCUGCUCCAACAGCCUCUGUUGUCACUUACUCUACGAAAGGCCCACCCUGUCCCGAGAGCUGUAUGCCCUGGGUGUCUUUGAUGGGCUGCACACAGUGCAUGGCACGUACUACAUUCAAGUCUGUGCCCUGGUCAAGUGUGGGGGUCUUGGCUUUGACACUUGCGGCCAGGAGAUCACGGAGGCGCAGGGCCUGUUUGAGUUCCACCUGUGGGGCAACUUCAGCACUCCCUACAUCUUCCCUUUACUUCUCUCCUCGGGGAUGACUCUGGAAACCCCUAACCAGCUUGGGUGGGAGAACGACCACUAUUUCUUGAGGAAGAGUGGACUGUCCUCUGGCCUGGUGACGGCAUCUCUCUAUGGGCGGUUGUAUGAGAGGGACUAGGAAAAGCGUGUGGUCAGCGGGAUGGGCUCUACCAGCAUGCCUUUCCACAGGCCACAGAUGCUAAGUGCUGGGACCAACCGACUCUGACCAGAGGGUAGAAAACCACUUCCAUAUCUCACCCUGGGGACGGUAAGAAGACGGGAGAGGCAGUUCCAUCUUCCUUUCUACAUAAUGACUGAGAGACAUUUUCUGGUACUUUCUAUUCACAUUCUUUUUCAAGUCACACCCUCUUCCCACUACACAAUUGGUUUUAAAUGCUAAAAUAAAAAUAAACAUUAGUUGCUAUUUUACAAUUCCACA